UUCAGUCAGGAGAGACAAGCCAAAUAUUAUAAAUAAACACCACACACUCAUCGACAUCGGAUCUGUGCUAUUUUUUUCGCAUCGUCAAAAUGUGGCCCAAACUAAGCGGCUUGCUAUGCCCCCAUCUGAUUCUUCUCUUUUCGGUGGCGACGUGUAAUGAACUAAAGGAUGUUCUGGUGGAUAGCACCACUGCAGCCACAUCCACACCCUCUGCGCCCACCCCCACGCUUUCUAUGCGCAGCACUCUUAGUGCCGCCUAUGUAGUAUCUGCUGCCGCAGUGCCGGCUUACAGGCCUACUAGUAAUGCAAAUCCGGCUCCAGGGAGCGGUGGCAAUAAGUCUAAAGCCACAAUGAAGUACUAUAACAAGAGUUCCCCCAAAAAACGAAAAGCUGAAGAAGUAUCCUCGCUACCAUUGCCUAUCGAUGACGAGCUUCUCGAGUGGAAGUGUCCGAAUAUCACAGGCGCAAGGAGUCUGGAGUGCGGAUGUGAUUUGCCCCACACUCUUCGAUGCAACGGCGAUCUACAUGGCCUGGAGGUGCUUGCUGACAGUCUGCGAACAUCUCCAUACUCCAUUUCUCUGCUCGACUGCUCGUUGCGGAACGUCACCUUUCUGAGUGAUGCCAAGAUAUUCGAUGGAAUUUCGCUACAUGGCUUGGUCAUCUCAUCGGGGGAGAUUAAACGAGUGCACAAGUCUGCCUUUCUGGGGAUCAAGGGACCUUUGCAAGCCUUGGGACUGCCCGGAAAUGCACUGCUUAGUGUGCCUUGGAACUCAUUGUCAACGCUCACGUCGUUGGAGCGUUUGGACUUGUCGAAUAACAAGAUAAAAGCAUUGGGCCCAGCCGAUUUUAUGGGUCUGAGUAAUUUGGUUUAUUUGGAGCUCAGUAACAAUCAGAUCUCAAGCAUAUCGCAGCGCACGUUCGCAAAUUUGCGCAAGCUGGAGGUCCUUAAGUUGGGAGGCAAUCGGCUGGGCGACUAUGCGCAAAGCUUGAAAGCUCUGAGUCAGUGUCUUAGUUUAAGACAACUUGAUUUGACGGCCAAUAAUUUGAAUGGCCCGCUUAGCGCCCAAACACUGCCUGGACUGCGCACCCUAGAGUCUUUAAACCUCAAUCGUAAUAUGAUUAAAAGCAUUCAAAACAAAGCGUUGCAAAACUUCUCACGUCUGGCCAGUCUUUCGUUGCGUCACAAUCAGAUUGAUGUACUCCAGGAUCAUGCCUUUUACGGUCUGGCCGCAUUGGAUAUUCUGGAUCUGAGUUACAAUGGUAUUGUGGCGAUAUCGAGUGCCUCCCUGCAGCACCUGACACGCCUUACAACCCUUGACUUGACGCACAAUUUCUUGCGCGCCCUCACCUCCGAUCUCAUUGUGCCGCUCCCAUCCCUUCGUGAGCUGCGGCUUGCCGGCAAUGACAUCUCCAUAGUUGCUCAUAAUGCUUUGGAUGGCGCACACGAGCUUAAGAACCUGUCAAUGCAGGAGAAUCCAUUGUCCUGCGAUUGCAGUAUUCGACCCUUUGCUAAAUGGCUACAAGUAUCCAAGUUGAAUUCGCAGGACCUAAUGGGUGCAACCUGUGCGACGCCACCGCGCCUUGAGGGCGCUCCACUACUACAGGUGCCCACGGAAUCGCUAAGCUGCGAUAUGGACAAUGUGGAGAAGGAUAAUGCUAAUAUAUUGGAACACUUGGAGACUCUGGCCAAGCCGAACGAAACGUCGCACUUCAAAGAUCUAUCCGAAGAGAUAAUACUCCAUGAGCUCCACUAUUCAGCGGAUUAUGGCCUUAUACUGACCUGGAUACUGAAUCUCAGCAAAAAGGAUUACAUGUGCGAUGCCAUAUUCGUCUACAAGGAGGAGAACAUCAAUGAAAUACUCAUUGAUAAUUCACCGAUUCACUGCGAAAGCAAGAUGGUUAAUGGCCAAAACACAGUGAGCGUAAUCGUGCCCGACAGCUCGUCCCUGGUUAUAGGCGAAAGUUAUCGAUUCUGUCUGGUCAUGGUACAGGAGAAGAAUCCAAAGUCCGACUUGAACAUUGGCUGCUCAAACAUAACCAGACUGCAGCUGAGCAGUCCGGACUCAGUGCCGGAAGUACGUCAGUAUCAGAGACGGCCUUACUAUACGCCCACACAUGAUCUCGAUGGGGAUCCUGUGGGCACCAACAUGUUGGGUGAGGACUACCAACUGAAUAAACGCCAAUUCAACAGCAUCGUGGGUAGUCAACAAUCGCAGUCACAUCCGGCAUCUAUGCUGCAUAACUACGGUUUUAUUGAUUCGCUCAACAAGAGUUUUCUGCCCGGACUCGGCUUGGGAAUCUUAGUCACUUCCGUUGUGGUGUUGAUUUGGGGAGCCACACGCAUUCGGCAGAACGUCAACAGCAGUGUCGCCAGCGUCAGCAGCAGCAACAGUGGCAGCAUGCACAAUAACAACAACAAUAGUCGGCCAGUCACUCCUACAGCUACGACCUGCUAUGCCGCCUCUGAUCAUAUAGCGCGUCUGGCGGACGCAGAGAACGGAACACGAUAUCUCAAGCUGCAGGCAACGACGAGCUUGUGAAAGUCCUGCAAGUCCUAAGCCAAGUCAAGUUAUCUGAACAAACCAAGCAACACUUGUGAUAGUACAAGAAUUUGUACCGCUUUCUAAUUAAGUUCUAAUGAAUAUGUAUCCAACUAUAGAGCUAAGUCUUUAAGCUAAUCCAAAAGAAUUUCCCUCACAUUAUUCGAUUGUCAAGUCAAAUAUAGCGCCCGAUUCCCUAAAACUCGUUGCACACAAUGGAAUUAAAAACAAAAUUGUGCCAUAAAAUGUCAGAGAAUCCAAAAAAUUCAUCAACAAUAUUUCGAAUGUAAAAUUGUAAGGAUAUAGCGAUUGCUAAGGAAUGUGUUUCCAUUUUGAA